AUGACGCCCGAGGGAAUUGAAGGCGAGGCAGGCCUCCACGAUUCAAGCCACAACACAAUAAGGACCAUUUCCGACUCUAGCUUUUUCAGGGAACACCCGGCGUCUACACUCCCUACCCCGGCCGAGGUGAGAGCCAUCAACAAGGAGUCAGGCAACAUCCGUGGUACAAUGUUCAACCGACCCCCGCCUGUCAAGUUUCCAUCGUUGGACCUGAUUGUCAAAUAUAGAGCCGACACAACUGUUACAGAGGCAGAGACCCAAAUUAUGGUAUACAAGCAGUUGAAAGGCAAAGUACCAGUCCCCGAGGUGUUUGGGUGGACCGAAGAUGACGCCGUCCAGAAAUUUCAGGAUGGCUGCGAUAUCGAGAUUGAUGGGAAGGUGCCCGUGGUUUUCACGCAUGAUGACCUUGUGCCCCCAAAUAUCCUCUUAUCGCCCGGGGCGAAUCCAGUAGUAGCUGCCAUCAGUGAUUGGGGCCAGGCAGGGUGGUAUCCUGCUUACUGGGAGUAUUGCAAGGCGCGUCGCGUCAGACCGAAUCCGAAAUAUUUUGAUGAAGACUUGGAUGAAGAAUGGAAUACGAGAUACCUGCCAACUGUUUUGGACCCGGUCGAUGAUGAGACAGUAUACCACCCUUGGCUGUGGUUUGUCUUGUCCAGGGGUAUCUAG